CAAACUAUACAAAUUUUAUGAACUUAAGUCAAGGCGGUGCGAGUGUACGUAUGUACCUGCGAUUCGAUUAGCUUUCAUAAAAUAGUGCUUUGCUGCGAACAGCUGAAAUUAGCCGCAAUAAAAACAAAAAGCAGAAGUAAAAAUUGUUAUUUCGAUUUGUUGAUAUUGGCAAAUGGAAAAUAAACAAGGUCCCGUUGAGAUGACUAAAACAAAUGUACGAUAAUUUUAUAACAACAAUAAAACACACUCGAUACACAACUAGUAGAUAUAACAAUAAUAAGUGAAAAAUAAAAAUUUUACAAAAUUACAAAGUAAAUGAGCGAGUACCUAGCCGGAUCAAACGAGGCAGGUAGUUCAGUAGGCCAGAAAAGCAAUGCAAAGCGGAGUGCGCGAAAGAAAUGUGCGAGAUAGUUGAUGCAAACCGGCAAAUGAAUGAUUCAUGCAAUGGUUGGUGAGAGGCUAGCGAAUUCUUUAAAUUUUUAACGCAAAGAGCUUGCAAUGAGUAUUCAAGCGUAUGGCCACUUCUUCUACAGCACCCUGCGAGGAUAAUACUCAAAACAAGAGAAAUAAGAAAAUAAAUCAAAAAAGGUUUUGAAAUCAAAGGUCACAUGUAAAAUAGAGACCUCGAAGUGAAAAAAAUUUAAUUAAAACAAAUAAAAUACAAACAAGUUGACACACCAGAAGCAACAAAUAACAAUGCCCUGCUGUAUGGGAGAAUUCACAAUUUAAUAUGUACUAUCUCACGGCAAUUAUUUGAGAAUAAUUUGCGUUAAAUAAAAAAAAAAUAAAAAUAAAUUCACUUAAGUAAGCUUAAAAAAGCUUUGCACGCAAACGAAAAUAAAUCAUAAAAAAACUCUUCGCUAUCAUAUUGCUACUGCUGCCAUAAAUAAUUGAAAUUUAUGAAAUUACUUAUCACGCUCAAACUCCUCGCUCACCUCGCCACUCUGAGCCUUCGAUUGUAAACUAAAUACUCGGAAAGCGUUGAAAGCCAAAAUUCUCGGUUGUAUUUUCACGGCUGUUUUAUGCUCAAUAAACAAACAAACACGCACUCCAAUAGUUAGAUGUGUCAAUAUUUAAGGCUUUUGAAAGAACCUUCAACUCGACGAUUUAACGAAAGCGCUCUACUUUCUUAGUUCUUAUUGGCAAUUCGUUUUUAUGCUGGCUUCUGUGCGACCUUUUAACAUAUUUUAUUCUACAUACAUACAUACUUUAAUUGCGACGAAUUUAAUUUGUGUCUACAUACACCAAGAAAAAUUUACAUACUACAUACAUAUAUAAUUACAAUUAAUCGUAGUUAAUUAUAAGAUGUGCUUUCGCGGCAUCUAUGAAUGCCUCUUCGGCUGUUGUAAGUCAAGAAAUACACCUGGUCUAAAUGAGAGCUCCUUCUAUGACUAUGUGGAACCGCUGCCUGUAUAUCAAAACGAAAAAAUCGGCACUUUGAAGGAGGGCAUCAGCUUUACAAUAACCGGAAAAAUACUGCUAAAUUGCGAGCGGUUUUCAAUCAAUUUCGUCAUCGAGAAUGCAACACGCGAUGUUGCGCUGCACAUCAAUCCACGCCUUCCACAAAACUAUAUUGUACGCAAUACGAAGGUGAAAGGCGUAUGGGGCAGGGAAGAAGUCUCGUCAGCACUGCCGUUCUCACUGCAUCGUGGCAGCCGUUUCGGCAUGCAGAUCUUCAUAACAGAUAGCGACUAUCUGAUCUCCGUGAAUGGCAUACAUUUUGCCAAAUAUGCACACCGUGUACCAUACUCGUCAGUGUCGACUAUCGAGGUGAAGGGCGAUGUGGAAGAUGUGAGCAUGGAACGCGCCGAUGUGGAGUUCUAUCCCGAGCAUAUACCGGGCGUUGAUCCCAAAGAAAUAAGUAUGGCACUGGACAUUUUCCAUGACAAGCCAAAUGGUGAUAAGACAGCGUUAAUACCAUACGAUGAAGUGGAUGGCUCGAAUUUAGAUUGGGCGCCACUGGGUAUUAAAAGUUCGAUUGCCUUAAUGAAAAAUAUCGCCUGUGGCAUACCGCUUCCAUACUAUGGGCUGUUGCCGCCCGAUUCGCUAAAAGUAGGGCGUUGCUUACAAAUUGUGGGGCGUGUUAAAUUGCUGCCACAAUCAUUUUACAUUAAUCUACAAAAGGGCCAACACUACUGGCCUCAUCCUAUUAUCGCAUUUCAUUUUAAUCCACGUUUCUCGAAGCAUAGUGGUGCAAUUGGCAAGGCGAUUGUGUGUCGAAAUGCUUGGUUCAAUGGCGCGUGGGCAGAGGAGGAACGCUCCGAAUUGGAUACAGAUUUUCGGCCUGGAAAAACAUUUCGCUUGGCCAUUGUGUGUGCGGAAAAUGGAUUUGAGGUUUACUUGAAUGAUAAACUAAUAACUGAUUUUAAAUAUCGUAUCAAACCGGAUAUUGUCGAUACGGUGUAUAUACAGGGUGAUAUCAAAUUGCGCAGCGUUGUGCUGCUUAGUAAUUCAUCGCCAAAAGGCACAAGACGCAUUUAUACAAAUCCGCUCUUCAGAUAUAACUAAUCGGUGGUGGCGACGGGAAGGAAAUAAAGUGAAGGUGAGCAUUGGGAAAGUAGAGAGA